UUUCCCCAGCUUCUCCUUGACGCUUCUUGUUUUCCCGGUGGAAGCCCUACCUGGGGCCUUAACCACCUCCCCCCCGCCACGGCCCAAGCACAUGGAGAAUUCUCUUUAUUCUUCCCUAUUAUCCCCUCGGGAAGGCCGUCCCAUAUUCGAUCCUUUGAUCUUCCUCGGAGAGGCCUCUGCCUCUGGAGGACUCACCCCACUUCCAUGCUGCAUUUCUGCGGCCAAGCCAAGGAGAAACGGUCAAAAUCCAUUUAUGGCAUUUGCUGUGACCUCCGCACCUCUGGGCUGUAACCAGGCAAGGUGCCUCGCAGCCGUAAGGUGGCAUCUUUCCCCCAGGCUCGCACCGCACCCCUUUACCCCAAGGCCCUCUGGUCGACCAUUCUGCGGGCUGCGCUCCUUUUUGUAUCGCUUUGAUCUCAGCUGUCUUUAGAUCAUUCCUUGUAGGUUCUUCAUCGGGAGCCUGCUAAGCCUCCCGUUCCUGAUCUCCAAGUGGGGGGAUCCCGUGAGGUCUUGUGAAGGAUUUCCACUUCUGGAACACUUCUGGCCAGCUCCCUCAAUCUGGGCACCUGGUGGCCUUUUUUUUGAAGAAGGGGGUUUGUCUUUAAGGGUCCUCGUUCACCUCAGCUCUUCCCUUGCCCAGGGUUUGGGUCCACAGAGCUCCUUCUCCUACCGCCUUGCGAACCCAUUAUCUAGGACACUGUUUUCCCAUUGGGGUGAAGCCAGAGGGAGACCCCUCUGGGGUCAAAUUUUUCUUUGUUACUUUUGAUCCUCUUUGGACUUCAAGCCUGGAAUGGUGGCAGAGACUUCCCUGAUUUCCGUCUUCCUUCAUUUUACCCUGAGGAGCCAGAGCAGAGAUGCCUUCUUAUCCCAUGGGAGGAGAAGAGCCCCCUUUCUUUCACUUCUUUUGGGCCUUUUCUCCUGUAGAAGACCUCUCCGUCUUCAUGCCCUUGGAAAUGACUUUCUCCAACUCUUUUCCCGUGAAGUCCUGUAACGGGAAGGGUCUCGUCUUUGCCCUUGUAGUGGAAGGUUUCUGCCCUGGCUCCAGUUGGUAAGUUGAGUGUAGUGAUUUUUUUUACCCACCCUUAAAAGCCUGUCCGUUUCUGCCUUGCUUCGCUCACGAGAUUUCUUUCUCUUCAGUGCCUGUGGCCACCCUUGUCUCUUUAUCUUAACUUAUCCUGUCAACCUAAGUCUUCAGCUUUUUAUCCUAAAACUUGUGUGCCCUCCGGGAACCACCUUAUUCCGAGUCUGAAGGAAGCUCCCGACUGAUCUCUUCUGUCAUCUUUUCUGCAUACUUUUCUAACUCAGAAGACUUUUUCUUCUAGCCUGCCUCCGUAGCAUUUGUUUUCUUUGGCAAACGUCUCUAAUUCCUUUCUGAUUCUGAUAGAAUACGUUUGUCUCUUGUAUCCUUUUUCCUCAAACUUGGGUUAUCUCUGUUGAAAUACCCUUCUUCCUAAGAUUUUGGCCUCAUUUCCCCCCAGUAUCUUGUCCUUCAUCUGGGUGUGUCCCACCUCUCACCUCUAGGUUCCAAGAAAAGCGAUUCUUAAAUUGAGUUUGAGACUGAGAUACGAUGUUUGCUUUUGUUCUAGGAAGCAUAGGCACUAAGCAUAGCUGGGAAAGAUCGGUAUCCAGUUCAGAUUAACUGUGUGGGAUGGAUGGGAAGGGAGAUGUUUUCCUUUCCACAUAUACGUGUCCGACACAAAAUCUCUCUCAGAAUCUUUCCCUUUUCCCCUGUGGGCUAUGGCAGUGAUAGACUUGGGUGAAUUAGGGACAGGAUGCUCAGAAAGUAGAGUUUGGAGUUGAGCUGAAAGCCAGCCAGGUGAUGUGGAUUUUGUGUUCUGGGCACGUUAGCAUUUUCUGCCUCAUGGCUCAUUUGAAAACAACAAUAAAUCCCUAAAUUCAGACUAAUCUUUCUUCAACUUUUAGUGCCAUGUAGAUACUUACCAUUCUGACCUUCCUACUGAUUUAGUAUUCAUGACUCAGCAAACUUUGGUGUGGGUCAAGGAAUGUUUACAUUGCUUCUAGAAUAUAAAUUUGGGAAGGCCCCUUUCUCCUCUCUCAGAAUUGGGUCCUGUUGUUCAUUUUUUUCCACGAUAGCACUGCAUAUGUCAGAUCUGGGAUCUCUGUUACCCUGUAGCUAUCCCACCAGCUCUUCCUUUCCUGCUGGUACCUAAAUGUAUCUUAUUCUUUAAGUCGUACUCUCCCAAAUGAAAUAUCUGUUCACCUUUCAGGGCACGAUCAUCCAACUUUCCGGACCUUAAGUGGAUAUCCACAUUCCCAUUCCUGUCUUAAGGAAUAUCGCAUCCUCAGCUUCGACCUGUGGUUUUUACCCAGACCCCUCCUGCUUUUCUCCUAGAACUCCCUCCUUUCUUUUGAGAUCCCAGGAUUAGAAGAUAGGGCGGAGGUGGGGACUAAUUUCAUAUCUUCUAAUUUAAGGAACCUGAGUAUCUAGAAACCUUGGGCCGCUCUCCCUCUCUCUGGUCCUAGGCCCUGUAAGCCAAAGCCAGGAUAUGCCGCAGCCACUGAAUUGAGUCAUUCUUCGGAUCUGGUUGGCUUUCUAGAGAUUGACUCUCCUGCUCCUGCCCUCACCUGCUUAUCUCCUUAAUGAGCAUGGACUGAGCAGAACUAGGAGCUCACUUUCUACCACUGGUGUCUUUUGAGGAAAAAUAUGGGUGAUGUGGGUGAAGUUAAGGAGCAGAGACUGGACUGGAAUACGAAGUUGAGGAGAAAGCUUGUGCUGCAGAAUAUGUGAAGGAAAAAGACCCUAGAAGUGUAAGAGUGUGUGGCGUUUGGUUGAACUGAGUAGUGUGAGGGAAAACUCCAUUCUGAGCUCUGCAUUUCUGCUUUGGGGAUGGAUCACGGUAGCUGGAGAAAACGGAGUGGUAGUGCUACCUCUGCCUGAGGGCCAACCCUAACAUGUUGGGGGAGAAUCGGAUUAGAGUCCCAGACACGUCCUUUGUGAAGGAGUUUACCUGGGAGUGGGAAUCUCUUCACAGAGGAGGCAGACAAGUGGUUCUCUUCUAACUCCUCCACUCCUUUUAUCUCAUCCCUGAGAUGUUUUGAGAAAAGCUAAUUCUCAAACUAUUUUUCAAGUUUGGAGAUAGACAUUUUGGGGAAAGAAUUGGAUAAAGUCAGCAGAAGAAGCUGGUUGAAAUGUUUCUAGAAAUCCAGACAGACCCUCAUAAAGGGAGAAAAGAAGAGGAGAGGGAUGCCAUGUUCGCGGUUAUGGAAGGCAGGAGGAGGACGCUCAAUGAGGAGCUAAGAGAAGAACCCAAAAAGGAAGAAGGACUGGGGCAAAUAGUGAGGAGCAGAAGUGCAGAGUAGUGGGCAGCAUAUAGGUGCAUCUGAACGAAGAGUGGAGGAAACCUGGGGAAUGACCGGGGAAAGGAAAGCACGGAGGAGGAGGAGGAGGCCAGGCGCCAGGAGGACCGGACACCUUGGGCUGUAGUAAAGCUCUGGGUCGUGAGCUGGCAGAACAAGAUCUGAUUCUGAAAGAAGAGCAGGAUGGCCAGCUGUUACCAAGAGUAAAAUUUGGGUUUAGAUUUUCCCACCGUGAGGAGAUAGCAGUAUGGUAAAUUUACGUGUGACCAGUUCGUUGAGGUGGGAGUGACACAGGUGUGCGUUUGUCGUGUUUUCUCUCCUACGCUCAACUGCUGUGCCUACUUGCAGGGCUCAGGAAUGGUUCUUGUGUGUUAGCCUUUUGGAACACCUACUUUUUUUAUUUUAAAGAUUCAUUUAAUUGAGGGGGGAAGGCAGAGAGAGAGAAUCCCAAGCAGGCUCCCUGCAGACUCCCCGCUGAGUGUGGAGCCCAACACCCGGCUCCCCACGACCCCAAGACCAUGACCUGAGCCGAAACCAAGAGUCAGACACUCAACCAGUGGAGCCACCCAAGUGCCCCAACCCCUCGUUUUUUGUUAACAGCUUUAUUGAGAUACAAACAAUGAAGUACAUGCAUUCAGAGUAUAGUUUGAUAGGUUUUUGACGUAGAUACCCGUUUACGUAUCCCUGUAGAUACAUGUCAUACCAUCACCACAAUUAAGAUAUUUCCAUCACUCCCAAAAGUUCUGUCAACCACCUAUCUGCUUUCUGUUAGUAAUACAUUAAUUUGUACUUCCUGAAUUUGACAAAAGUGAAAAGGCAGUUCAGUAGAGAAAGGGUAGUCUUUUCAACAAAUGGUGUUCAAACUGGCUAUCCAUGGGUAAAAAACUAGCUUUGAUCAUAUCUUGCACCAUAUACAAAACUUAAAGCAGAUCAUAGACCUAAGUGUAAAAUAAAAACUAUGAAACUUGUAGAAGAAAUAGGAGAAAGCUUUGUGGUGUUGGAUUAGGCAAAGAUUUCUUAGAUAGGAAACCAAAAGCUCAGUUACAAAAGAACAAAUCGAUAAACUGGACUUUCAGAAUUAGCAAUCCCUAAUUUUGAGUAUGUGAAAAUUAGAGAAGGUGGAAAAAUUGGGAGCAUAGGAUUGAGCACAUAGCUUUGGCUUCUUCAGUGAGGACACAGACAGUAGGAAGUGGACGAGCUGUUCAGUCAUCCCUGUUCUCUCCCACAUCAUCAUCUCAAUUUGGGGGUCUUUUUGUCUUUUUCAGAUUCAUAGUAGUGUGUCAUAAGUCCAGCAUUAAGAAAUCUCACAUCUCCGAAGUCCUGAUUUUUCCUUCUGUAAAUCGUGGUCAUCGUUUUGAACUUCAUCAGUGUUCUGAGUAUUCAUCUAGGACCCAGGCACGAAGGGCCCAAGUUUGCUCAGGCCUCUUGCUGUCGUUGGGGAGCUAGACCCUUCUCUCUUGGCGGAUCCUGAUGUCCUCUAGGUGUCCCAGGACAGCCUCACACUGUCUCAUGGGAUAUUCUUAGCCUUGCUGAGUGUGGUUGGUAUUUUAAUUGAACUCUGGCAAGUUGCUCAGCAUAACGGGAGGCUGACAGACAGGGAGGCCCCUGUGGGAGCCUUAGUAGACCCAUCAGUUUCCAGGCUGUUCUCGUGCAGGUGAUGUUUCCCCCUUCUGUUGAAUUUGUCUCAUCUUAGUUCUAGAUUUUGCCACUUCUCUUUCCAUGUCCAUGUCAUUUCCUUUGUCUCUACCUCAACGUUCAUGUCUUUUCCCCAGCACAGGUUUUUCUGGCCCUAUUUUAGAUUGCUUGUGUCCCGGUCUAAAACUCGAGGGCUUUGUGAAGGAUGUCCAUGAAGACUCUGUUACCAUCUACUUUGAAAACAACUGGCAGAGUGAGAGGCAGAUUCCUUUUGGGGAUGUCCGGCUACCACCUCCAGCUGACUAUAAUAAGGAGAUCACAGAAGGGGACGAGGUGGAGGUAUAUUCUCGAGCCAACGAGCAGGAACCUUGUGGCUGGUGGCUGGCCCGGGUGCGGAUGAUGAAGGGAGAUUUCUAUGUCAUCGAAUACGCCGCCUGCGAUGCCACUUACAACGAGAUUGUGACCCUGGAACGGCUCCGGCCAGUGAAUCCCAAUCCCCUGGCAACCAAAGGCAGCUUCUUCAAGGUUACCAUGGCUGUGCCUGAGGAUCUGAGAGAGGCCUGCUCCAACGAAAACGUCCAUAAAGAGUUCAAGAAAGCAUUGGGAGCGAACUGCAUCUUUCUCAACAUCACAAAUAGUGAGCUCUUCAUUCUGAGACUCGGGCAUCCUGAUUCCCAGCUCCUGGCUCUUCCCCAGUGUGUAUUCAAAGUCCGUUUAGUGACUUUUCCAUUGGUUUCUUCCCAGUCGACCACAGAAGCUCCUGUGAAGCGGGCAUCCCUGCUGGGUGACAUGCAUUUCCGAAGCCUGCGCACCAAACUGCUACUCAUGUCCCGCAAUGAAGAAGCUACCAAGCACCUAGAGACAAGUAAGCAGUUGGCAGCCGCCUUUCAGGAGGAGUUCACCGUGCGAGAAGACCUGAUGGGACUGGCCAUUGGGACUCACGGUGCCAACAUCCAGCAGGCCCGAAAAGUACCCGGGGUGACGGCCAUCGAGUUGGGUGAAGAGACCUGCACUUUCCGCAUCUAUGGGGAGACUCCUGAGGCGUGCCGACAGGCCCGGAGCUACCUUGAGUUUUCGGAGGACUCCGUGCAAGUGCCCAGGAACCUUGUUGGCAAAGUGAUUGGAAAGAACGGGAAAGUGAUCCAGGAGAUUGUGGAUAAAUCUGGUGUGGUGAGGGUUCGAGUAGAAGGUGAUAAUGACAAGAAGAACCCCAGGGAGGAGGGGAUGGUUCCUUUCAUAUUCGUGGGUACCCGGGAGAGUAUUAGCAACGCCCAGGCCCUGCUGGAAUACCAUCUCUCCUACCUGCAGGAGGUGGAGCAGCUCCGCUUGGAGAGGCUGCAGAUUGAUGAGCAGCUUCGGCAGAUUGGGCUGGGCUUCCGCCCUCCCGGGAGUGGGCGGGGCAGCGGUGGCAGCGACAAGGCCGGAUACGCCACGGACGAGAGCUCCUCGUCCUCCCUCCACGCUACGCGAACCUACGGGGGCAGCUACGGGGGCCGCGGCCGGGGCCGGAGGACAGGCGGUCCCGCCUAUGGCCCCAGCUCGGACCCAUCCACAGCUUCUGAGACCGAGUCAGAGAAGAGGGAGGAGCCUAACCGAGCUGGGCCAGGUGACCGGGAUCCCCCAACCCGGGGGGAAGAAAGCCGGAGGCGGCCGAUUGGGGGCCGGGGUAGGGGACCCCCACCUGCCCCCCGGCCCACCACGAGAUACAACGCUUCAUCUAUCAGCUCAGUGCUGAAAGAUCCAGACAGUAAUCCCUACAGCCUACUGGACACAUCUGAACCAGAGCCCCCAGUUGACUCAGAGCCUGGGGAACCCCCCCCAGCAAGUGCCAGGCGUCGCCGCUCCCGCCGCCGCCGCACGGAUGAGGACCGGACUGUCAUGGAUGGAGGCCUGGAAUCUGAUGGGCCCAGCAUGACAGAGAAUGGUCUGGAAGAUGAGUCGAGACCCCAGCGUCGGAACCGGAGCCGCCGCCGCCGUAACCGUGGGAACCGGGCGGAUGGUUCCAUCAGUGGAGACCGUCAGCCAGUGACCGUGGCGGACUAUAUCUCCCGAGCCGAGUCGCAGAGCCGCCAGCGGCCCCCCCUGGAACGCACUAAAGCCUCAGAGGACUCUCUUCCAGGACAGAAGGGCGACUCUGUCAGCAAGCUUCCUAAGGGCCCCUCAGAGAAUGGGGAGCUCUCCGCCCCCUUGGAGUUGGGUAGUUUGGUGAACGGGGUUUCAUAAAACCUCCAGCCUGCAUCCCUCCCUUCUCCAUCUCGCUUGCUGCCCAACACCAUGGCCCUCCCAGGCCCGACUGACCUGCGCUGGAGCUGCUCUUAUCUAGGGGGGAGGGGGGUGGCACAGCAGCUUGGGUCCCCCCUCAACCUCCAGGAGCUAGUGGAGGGGUGUGUAACAGGGUCAUACCCCCCCCUCUUGUCCACCCUUCCCCAGGGUGAGGGAGCCUCUCUCCUUCCCCAUCAGACUGGAUGUGCCUUUAUCCUCUAAUGCCCCGAUCUCUCUGAACACCCCCAUUCUCCGCCUGCUGGUGCGGGGUGCUCCUUGACCCACCCGGAUUUGACCGUUCAGGGGGGCUCCCCUGCUAUCCCUCCUCCCAUCCUGUACCCCCCAUUUCUGGGGCCUCAUCACUGUGGAAGACGGGGAUAGUAAGGGUAUACGUGGGUGGGAGGCAUGGGGAAGGUUUUGGAGUAGAACCAGGGGUGUGUAUGAAGGGGGGUGACAAGGUCCCCCGGGGGAGGGGGGGACCAACCUUGUCUGGUGGAUGAGAAGGCGUAUUUAUUUUUCACUGUACAGUAUUUAAAAAGAGAAUAAAAAAAUCCAAAUGGC